AGCACCGGCUUUAUUGCGCAUAAUCCAAACUCCAAGGAGAUUUUUGUUGUCUAUCGCGGCAGCUACACCCUGGAAGACUGGCUUGAGGACUUUACGUUCAUCCAGGUCCCCUCCCCAAUCCCUGUGCCGGGCUCGCUCAUGCACACUGGAUUCCUCACCGCCUACCGGGCUAAUCACCGCCAGGUCAAAGAUACCUUGGAGAAACUUCUGGCAACGUAUCCAGACUACACACUCAUCGUUUCCGGCCACUCUCUUGGUGGCGGGGAGGCAGCCGUGGCAGCUACAGACUUUGCAAUCACCAAGCCAGCAUGGAUCCCGCGCAUGAAGCUGAUUACGUUCGGUCAGCCGCGUGUCGGCAACAUUGUCCAUGCAAAGUGGCUGUCGCAGCAAAAGUUCCCUAUUUUCCGUGUCGUCAACCGAGGAGACCCGGUACCACAUGUGCCCACCAUCGCCAUGAACUAUUACCAUGAGGCACAGCAGGUCUGGUAUGAUCUGAGCGGCAAGGUGAACUUUUGCGGAAGGGAUGGAGAUAGUAGCACAUGCUCCGAUAGUGUGCCGCUGAGCAAGUGGUCCUGGAACCAGCAUAACGAGUAUCCAGGACUU